ACACUAAAGUUGAGUUUGCCGACGUUAAACGUCUGCCGCAGCUGCAGACCGUAAACAACAAAGGAUGUGAAGCAUUUUUCUGUUUUAUAGCAAACUUAUUUCCUCUCAGUAUGGCUCAACCGGCGGAGAAAGCUUAUUAUCGCUUCCUGGUUCUCUUCUUUAACUGCCUCCUGACCUUUGGUUCCUACUUCUGCUUCGACAUCCCCAGCGUCCUGCAGGACCAGUUCCAGGGGAACCUCACAUGUCCCAAUGCAACCGCGAUCAACAGGACUGUGGACUGUGUGGAGGGUCUGGGGAUGAGUCCGCAGCAGUACAACCUCCUCUAUGCCAUAUAUGCUUGGACGAACGCUGUGGUGGUGAUUCUGGCCGGAUUCCUGAUCGACAAAUUAGGAAAUCGAUUCGGGGUGUUUCUCUUCUCCUUUCUGUGUGUUUUGGGCUCGUCGCUGUUCGCUCUGGGCUCCCACUUCAGAGGAACUCCCUACCUGCUUCCGCUCAUGCUCACGGGACGUUUACUAUUCGGUUCCGGCAAUGGAUCUUUGACCAUUGUGCAGAACCGCAUCACGGCCUUCUGGUUCAAAGGGAAGGAGCUGGCUCUGGCCUUCGGGGUGACGCUCGCCUUUUCCCGUCUUGGUUCCGUCCUCAACUUCUUCUUCACGGAGAAGUUUGAAGACAAAUACGGCAUGCAGUGGACGCUGUGGGGUGGCGCUCUGCUGUGCGUGCUCGGCUUCGUUGCUGCGGUCGUCGUGAGCGCUCUGGACAAGAUCGGCAUGAGGCAGCUGGGCCUUGACGGAGCCAUCGCAGAGGAUUCCCGCAAAGUGAGGGUUCAGGAUGUGAAGCUGCUGUCUCUCCGAUACUGGCUGCUGGUCCUCACCAUCAUGUUCUUCUACAACGGCAUUUUCCCCUUCAUCGCUGACGCCAGUAAGUUCAUCCAGGAUAAAUACAGCGACUACAGCCAGAAAGAGGCUGCGUACGUAGCGGGCGCCGUGUACGACAGCUCUCUGGUGCUCUCAGCCAGCGUGGGAAUCCUCAUCGAUUAUGUGGGUCUUCGGGGAGUUUUUGCUCUGGCCUGCGCUGUUUUCACGCUGCCCGUCUUCGGACUGCUGGCUUUCACCUUCGUCCCUCCUCUGGUCUCCACCAUCUGGCUGGGAGUCACUUACUCCUUCGCUGCCGCCAGCAUGUGGCCGUCCAUUCCCCUCGUGGUGCCGCAGCCCACGCUGGGAACAGCCAUGGGCCUGGCCACCUCCAUACAGAUGGUCGGCAUCGGCGUGUCCAACCUGAUCGUCGGGCAGAUUUUGGGCACCAAAUCCAGUGAAGCUAAAAUCCCGCUGUGGCGCUGGCAGAGGAUGAUGAUCUUCAUGCUGGCCAACACCGUCUGCUGCAUCGUCGCCUCCGUUCUGCUCAACAUCGUCGACCGCAGUCAGGGCGGGACGCUGAACAAGACGACCAAAAGGUCGCGGCCGGCGGAGGAAGACGCCGAGCGAGAGCCGCUUACCAGGACACAGGAAGAGGAGGAGCAAAACCAGACCAAUUCCAUCAACUCAUGAGGUUUUCAGAUGUUUUAUGUCUCAAAAUGACAAACAAGCUGCUCUGCCGCAACUCAAUUAAACACGACUAGCAUCUUU